UGAUAACAGUAUUACCCCCGUGUCGCAUCUCGACAGUAAACGAGUUUGUAGUUCAGUAAAUUUUUUUUUGGUGUAAAAUAUUUUCUAGUUAGCAGUGUAGUGCAACAAUUCCAUACAAUAAAAAUGACUUUAUCAACGGUGUCACGAUAUUGAAUCGAAACUUACAAAUUCUAUCAAAAAAUUAAAUAAAAUAAGAAACCAAAAUUGUGUAAUCAUAUAGCAAACAUGGAUACUAUUACACCAACUGACUUAGAAUAUGAAAAAAUUAACCAGAUAUAUGAUGAAUGCAUAAAUUAUUUGAAAACAGUAAAAGCUGAUAACUUCACGUAUGAGGAUGAAUUAAAAUUAGACGAUCCAGAUCCUGGUUAUGAAACUAUUGCAGAAGUAAAGGAAAAAAUAAAAAACAUGCAAGCUCUUUAUGUUUUAUCAAAAUCUAAAUCUUUAGAUCCCGUACCAAAUAUAGGUUUUCAAGUUGAAAAUGAAACUUUUUCUGGCGGAAGUACUAGUUCAAUUUCCAGUGUCAUCAAAUCGGAAAGGCUGAGACGUCUAUCUCAACAAUUACCUAAAAUUAUCAUAACUCAGAGCAAUACAAGUCUGAGCAAAACAAAGGAAGACAAUGAAAAAUUAAUUCAAAAUCAUAUCAUUGUUGGAAAUAAAACUGAAAAGAAAAUUGAAAGCCCUAUUAUCCGUCCAAAAAGUGUUGUGAAAAAAUGUGAAUCAAUAAAAAGAACUGAACCUGCCUUCCGAUAUAAGGCUUAUUGUGAUUUUCCGAAGCGACUGGUCUCUAAAAAUGGAAUUGAAAACGUAGCUUUAAUAUCAAAUGUUCCAUUCGAGAAAAUGCGUUUACUGAACGAUACUUUUCACACACUGAUCAAUUUACGUUGGCGCUGGAUUGUCAUGGGAACGGUGAUUGUGCACUUUGCGAUUUGGCUCGUGUUCGCUAUAUUCUGGUACAUCACUGCCCUGGCUCACUACGACUUUGAACCGGAACCACCGCAACGCUCUUGUGUCACCGGCGGCAAGGAUUUUGUCACCAUUUUUCUUGCUUCUGUUGAAGCACAGACAACAAUUGGUUUUGGUGAUCGUGCUAUAGAUGAAGAAUGUCCGGAAUCCAUUUUUCUUUUCAUAAUGCAGCUAAUACUCGGUACUGGAUUGUCGGGAGUGCUAACGUGCGUGGUUUACGCCAAAUUGACGAGACCGGAAAAACUGUCACGAGAUGGCGUUGGAUUCAGUAAAAAAGCCGUUAUUUGUUUGCGUGAUGGCCGCCUGUGCCUCAUGAUAAGAGCUUGGGACCUCAACUAUGACCACAUCAUCAGCUCUGAGUUUACAGCACACUUCGUUAAUACACACAGGACAAAAGAAAGCGAAGUGAUCCGUUAUUAUGCACGAAGCUUACCACUCCAGCAACGACAAUUCCUGCUGUGGCCUGUUACCCUAGUACAUGAGAUCAAUGCAGCCAGCCCCUUGUAUCGACUGUCUCCACGAAAUAUUGCUGAAAAUAGUUACGAGAUCACAGUAAGCUUAAAAGGCGCCUCUGCCUCAAUGGGUACCUUCACCCAGAGCCAGACUUCUUACCUUCCGAAAGAAGUUGUUUGGGGACAUCGAUUCCCACCAGUUGUAAUGUACGACAGACAUCGUCAGAAGUAUGUGAUAGAUCACUCCAAACUGAACGCAAUAGAACCGGUAGACACUCCGUACUGCAGUGCUCAUGAACUAUACAGGAUAUCCGGUUCUCAAAAAGAAAAGUCGGAUCCACCUGGCACCCCUGGAAGUUUUAGCGAAAAAGUCUCUACCUUCCAGAUUGAGAGAACUUCAUCUUUUAAGAGAAAAGAUAAAAGGAUGUAAAUGAAAUUUUUAAUUAGUUAUAUAUUAUAUAUUUGGGGUUGGGAAGAAAGAAAAUAUACUUAUGUGUAUCAGAAAUUAAAAUUUUAAUAUAUUUUGUCAGUAAACAGUAUUAUUAAAGGUUAAACAUAAA